AUGAAAGGGAUUGUGUCAUUUUUUACUGGGAAGAAAGGGGGCUUCAGCAACUUCCUGCACAAACUGGUGCCCGACUACCAAAUCAUUCAGCAGGUGAAGCCUUCUGAUAUCCACUACCUGAAGGUCAUCGGCAAAGGAAGCUUUGGGACGGUGGUGUCAGUGAGACACAGACAGAGUGGAAGUAUGUACGCUGUAAAGGUUCUACAGGAACAGGUCAUACUGAGGAAGAAAGAAUUUAACCCUCGGUACCCCCCCAUUAGAGACCUGAAGCCAGAGAACACCCUAUUGGACAGUGGAGGUCAUGUGGUUCUGACGGAUUUCGGGCUGUGUAAAGAGGGCAUGUCUGUGGGUGGAACUAUGCAAAUGUUCUGUGGAACCCCUGAAUAUCUGGCGCCAGAGGCGCUGUUAGGCCACACCUGCUGUGGAGCUGUGGACUGGUGGGGGCUGGGUAGUGUACUUUAUGAGAGGCUUCAUGGACUGCCCCCGUUCUACAGUCGCAGUAAGGCCGAGAUGUUUGAGAACAUCCUUCACGCCCCCCUGCAGCUCCAUAGAAGUGUGUCCCAGUCUGCCCGGACUCUGCUGCAGAACCUGCUGAAGAGAGACUGUACCAAACGCCUUGGGGGGGAACAUGACCUUGUAAGCACCCCCCAUUACCCCACCUGGCACAGAGUGCUGUCACAUACAUGCAAGUCCACAUACACACACCCAUACACACAUUGAUGUACUGUCUCACUUUGUUUGUUGGCUGAGCUGCAGGGCCACACCUUCUUCCUGUCCAUCAACCGGGAUGACCUGCUAGCCAGGAAAGUCCCUCCCCCAUUCAUUCCCAACCUGGUGAGUGUGUGUUUGUUUUAUAGGGGCUAUGGGUCAGUUUGGAUCUGUGACUACCUGAAUGUGUGUCUGGUCACUCGUUCCCUCCCUCUCUCUUUCAGUCUGGUCCGUGUGAUAUGCUGUAUUUUGACCCGGAGUUCACGCUUCUUCCAGCCCCCGCCCCCCUCGGUUUGAGUGACAUGUUGGGAGACGUGGCCAAUGGAGCCUUCCCAGGGUUCUCCUAUAUGUUUCCGGCUGAGGUUGGAGUCACAGAGCCCUGAUAUCAUUCUGAUAUUAUUUGUGUUUUGAAUAAAUUAAAAUGCAUUUUCCUAUCAUGUAUCAGAUUGUUUAUAUCUCACAGAGAACGGAGGCUCAGGCCAGGUUAGAACCAGUGGUUAAAUUGGAGUUGGCCUCCUGCACCUUAAAUCAAAGGGAGAAGGUUAGGGUAAGGAUUGUGGUUGAGGUUAGGGUAAGGGUUG